AGCAGAUCACCAACCAACGCCCAGAUUCGAAUUGAAUUCUUCCGGAAGCGUCUCUCCCCUUGUCGUCAGUGGUCUCGGCGUGCGGGCCGACGGACCAACCCAAGCUCCCUCCCCUCUCACAGCAGGCGCCAAUAAUCCCAACCCCAACCCCCAAGCCAGAGAUAACAACCCCAGCGAGUCGGCGGCAACCCUCCUUCCCGCACCGGUGGAGAUGGGCGCCCCCUCGUACCGGCUCGCGGCGGCGGUCACGGGCCCCUCGGGCGCCGAGGCCGAGUUCCUCCUCGUCCGGCAGCUGCCCCCGCCGUCCCCGCCCGGGGGCGAGGAGGAGGGGGAGUACGGGCGCUACGUCGACAGCGACCUCUACGACCUCCCGUCGGCGCCGCUGCGGCGCCUCGCGGAGGGGAAGCCGGCCCGGCCGGGCGUCGCCGUCGCCGGCGCGGAGGCGGACGGCUCCCUCGACCUCUCGCGCCUCGACGUCCCCGCCGCCCUCGAUCAGAUUUUGAGCCAAUUGGGCCUGACGAAUGCAAUGUGCGGGGAGUGGAGGCUCCUCAAGCAUAUUGUGGAAGCAGAGUUUGGCCCGGACGCGGGCGUCAACACGGUGCUCGUCAUCACGCCGCUCGAGUCGAAACCGGAGGCAUUGCAAGACUCCUGUAAAUGGAUGACCAAGGAGGGUGCUCGGGAAUUGCUUUCUGACGUGAAAACCGGUGAUACUCGAAUUGGGCCCUAUGUGCACGCUGGAUUUGUGAAAUCGGAGCUAUCGUCAAAUUGUACCACUGACUCCACAUUGGUCUCCCAGGAGUACCCUCCUGGAAUAACCCUUGUACCAAUGAAGAGUAGUACCUUACGGCCAUUUCGUACGACUAAUCUCGUGGUAAUACAAGCAACCAGUGGUACAUGCGGAUCGAAGCGCCCUGAUUAUUUUGCUUGUGGUGAUGCUUUACUGAUAGAUCCUGGAUGUUGCUCACAGGUUCAUACAGAGCUUGCAGAUCUUGUCAAUUCCCUUCCAAAGAAGUUAUUGGUCCUUGUUACACAUCAUCAUAAUGAUCAUGUUGAGGGUCUUUCGGUUGUUCAGAGAUGCAAUCCUGAUGCUGUUCUUUUGACACAUGAAAACACGAUGAAGCGCAUAGGGAAAGGGAACUGGUCAACCGGCUAUACUGCUGUGACUGGUGGUGAAAGCAUAUGCAUAGGUGACCAAGAACUGCAAGUCAUUUUUGCUCCUGGUCAUACAGAUGGUCAUAUGGGGCUUCUCCAUGUCAAUACCAAUGCACUAAUUGUCGGAGAUCAUUGCGUAGGGCAUGGAAGUGCAAUAUUGGACAAUAGAGCUGGUGGCAACAUGAAGGACUACUUCCAAACCACAUACAAAUUCUUGGAGAUAUCGCCACACGUGCUAAUUCCAAUGCAUGGAAGAAUCAACCUAUGGCCCAAGCAUAUGCUUUGUGGAUAUCUCAAGAAUCGAAAGGCUAGAGAAGCCUCCAUUCUGCAAUCCAUAGAGAAUGGUGCUCAAACUUUGUUUGAUAUAGUUUCAAAGACUUACUGUGAUGUAGACAGGAAAUUAUGGAUUCCUGCGUCCUUUAAUGUUCGCCUUCAUGUUGAUCAUCUGAACUCUCAACAGAAACUUCCCAAGGACUUCUCAACGGAAAAGUUUGAAUCGAGCUGCGGAGCACAUUUCAUAUUUCGGUGGGGCGUGGCGUAUGCCCAAGCCAGGAGCUCACCCGCCCUCAUCAUCGCGGCAAGUGCCCUCGCCGCUGGUGGUCUGGCAAUUGUGUAUGCCCUCAGAAGGAGCAACGUCAACCAGCCCUAGGAUUCUUCUCCGAGACCCGGCAAUCCCCAUCCGCGUACACGCGUCUGUCGACCUACGAUCGUGCUGUGAGUCAGACUGUAAACUCCCAAGAUUGUUCGUAAUUGCACAUUUGUGAACUUUGCUCCGUAUACACACAACGCAAGGGAGAAGCUCCCGGUGCUACGUUGGGUUCCUCCUAAUCCACAGGUACUUUCGACCUAGAGAUCCAUGUGUAGGUUAAUCGAAUACAGAGACUUUUGACUUUGUUCUAAAAUAAAACCCGCACUGACCUGGGUCUAGGUUUCAGCUGUCGGCCCAGUUGCCAAUUUGUGAGAAGACCAGGAGUGGCCAUGUUUACAAUUGUA